CCCUUCUCUGGUUGCGUGCUGUUCUUAUUUUAGCCAGGCAGCUGACAUAUGAGAGGUCACACUGGGAGGAUAAAUAGUGGCUCAGGCAGGCGAGGAGGUUGUCGCAAACUUUAGUUGGAUCUUCUCUCCUCUCUUCUCCCGGCUCUCCUACAACCCUCCAAGUCAAGAUGCCUCACGCAUUCCCUUUCCUCACUCCUGACCAGAAGAAGGAGCUUAGUGACAUUGCUCACAAGAUCGUCGCCAAGGGCAAGGGAAUCCUCGCCGCUGAUGAGUCUACCGGCAGCGUUGCCAAGCGCUUCCAGAGCAUCAACACUGAGAACACAGAGGAGAACAGGAGACUGUACCGUCAGCUGCUCUUCACCGCUGACGAGCGCGCCGGUCCUUGCAUUGGUGGUGUCAUCUUCUUCCACGAGACCCUGUACCAGAAAACCGAUGCCGGCAAGACCUUCCCUCAGCACGUCAAGUCCAGAGGCUGGCUGGUAGGCAUCAAGGUUGACAAAGGUGUCGUCCCCCUCGCCGGAACCAACGGAGAGACCACCACCCAGGGUUUGGAUGGCCUGUAUGAGCGUUGCGCCCAGUAUAAGAAGGACGGUUGCGACUUUGCCAAGUGGCGUUGUGUGCUGAAAAUCACCUCCACCACCCCCUCUCGCCUUGCUAUCAUGGAGAAUUGCAAUGUCCUGGCCCGUUAUGCCAGCAUUUGCCAGAUGCACGGCAUUGUCCCCAUUGUUGAGCCCGAGAUCCUCCCCGACGGUGACCAUGACCUGAAGCGCACCCAGUACGUGACUGAGAAGGUCCUGGCCGCAAUGUACAAGGCUCUGUCCGACCACCACGUCUACCUGGAGGGUACCCUCCUGAAGCCCAACAUGGUCACUGCUGGACAUUCCUGCUCACACAAGUACACCCACCAGGACAUCGCCAUGGCCACCAUUACCGCCCUGCGCCGUACCGUGCCCCCAGCAGUCCCUGGCAUCACCUUCCUGUCCGGUGGCCAGUCUGAGGAGGAAGCCUCCAUCAACCUGAAUAUCAUGAACCAGUGCCCCCUGCACAGGCCAUGGGCCAUUACUUUCUCCUAUGGCCGUGCCCUCCAGGCAUCCGCCCUUAAGGCAUGGGCUGGCAAGCCCGGGAACGGCAAGGCUGCCCAGGAGGAGUUCAUCAAGAGAGCACUGGCCAACAGCCUGGCCUGCCAAGGCAAGUAUGUUUCUUCCGGAGACAGCGCCGCUGCUGGAGAUUCACUGUUCGUGGCCAACCAUGCUUAUUAAGCAUGGACACUCAUCAGCAUCCCUCUCCUAACCCUCCCUACAACCCCCUCCCCCACCAUGUGCCAUGUUGUUACUGGUACCACCUGUGCCAUGUUAUUUCUGGUACCUCCUAAAAGCCGUCUCUACUCGACCCUCUGCGACACCACUUGUUUGAUACAUCGAUACGGAAAAAAUUCAACGCCAACCUUUCUUUGGGCUCUUGCUUCAGAGAGAAGAUUCAAAACAAUUCAAGUUCUGCCUCCAUUCCCUUAAGGUGAAAUGAUUUCCAUCAUCAUGUUUUUACCCAACAUGCAACAUUAUUCCUUAGUCUGUAACACCUAACUAAUGUAAUGUUUGUACUGGAGCCUUGGAAUAAAGUAUUUUACCCAACAAUGUG